AGCUACUAGUAAAUUAGCUCAGCUAUUCCGAUUCAUCGAGACAGAUCAACUCUCUGAAAUCACCCGACUAAUCGAAGAAGGUGUCGAUUUAAGUGAAAGAUACGAAGAUGGAGAUAUGGCAAUUCAUUGGGCCGCACGUUUGGGUAAAGCGGAUACAGUAAAACUGUUGAUAGAAAACGGAGCCAAUGUGAAUGCACGUGGUCAAUAUAAUAGAACACCACUAUACUAUGCUGUAGAUAGUCCAGAAGCCACAAAACUCGAAGUUGUUAAAGUCUUACUUGAAAAUGGAGCCAAUGUUGAUGUUAAAGAUGACUAUGGAAGCACACCACUGGCUAAAGCAGCUCAAAUAGGUCAUAAAAAGAUCGUUGAACAGCUGAUAAAAAAUGGCGCCAAUAUCAAUUUGAAAGCAUGGCUUGGUCGAUCACCACUUGUGGAGGCUUCUGAACAUG